AUGUCAGACGAUGUUAAAGAUCUGAUAAAUGGUAUUGAUGAAAUGCUAGAGAACGUUUCAUUAACUAACACAGAAAGCAUUUAUUGUCGCUAUGAUGAUGAAAUUAAAAUUACAGACUACGCAACUUCAUUCAAUUCGAUUAAUCAUAACGCUAAACCAGAUUUAAGAAACAUUAAAUAUAAGACAUCUACGGAACAUUUGAAUUGUCCAGUCUGUCAGCAGCCUUUUUUAGAGCCACUAACAACGAUAUGCGGGCAUACGUUUUGUAAAAGCUGCAUUUAUGAAUGCUUUAAAGCUUUCAAUGGGAAUAUUAACGAUGACUUGAAAGGGUCAUGUCCAUUGGAUAGAACACCUUUGGAUGCAUCCAAUGUGAACGACUUAUUCCCCACGCCUUUGCUUGUUACCAAUUUAAUUGAUGACCUUCAAGUGUACUGUUUGAAUCAUGAAAGAGGCUGCAAAUGGACUGGAUGUCGCUGGGAGUUAGAACAUCAUGUAAUAUCGGACUGUGGUUAUACAGGUGUUCAGUGUAAUGGGAAAAGAUUUAUAAGGAAGAGCAAUGAAGAAGACAACGAUAAUGUUGAUGAUGAUUACGAUAGUGACGAAGUUUGCACCAUGACAGUAGAACGAAGAUUUCUUUCUGACAAUGAAACUAAAUGCAUUCAUGAAAUAUUCCCAUGCGAAUAUUGUAAUACAGAUCUUACAAGGAUAUCUGAGGAGCUGCAUUUGUCAGAUGAAUGUAUAUACAAUUAUCAGACAUGCGACUUGUGUUUAAACGAUAUGAUACCGCUUAAACAUUUAAAUAAACAUAAAGAGAAUUGUUCCAAGAUUCGGCAUUUCAAGUGUCCAGCUCGCGAAAUUGGUUGUAGCUGGAUAGGAAAUAAUGAACCUGCGUUGGAAAUUCAUUUACAAAAAAACAAUUGUCAAUUAAACCAGUUAUUGCCAUAUAUUAAUAGGCUUAAUGACAAGAUAGAUUCUGUAUCAACAGAGAACAAUUUUUUACAGAAGCAAAUCAAUAAGAUUUUAAGUCUGAUAAUUCAAGGUAAGAUAACAAAUUUAGGCUACAAUGAACCGAUUGAAGAAAUAAACAAAUAUAAUUCCUCGAUUACGUCUUUGGAAGAUCAAGAUAAAUUGAUCUAUUUAAAUUAUGAGAUUGAUAGGUUAAAAUUCGAAAUGGAAGAAAAAAUAAUCCCGUUUAUAGAUAGAGAGAAUUCCUCUUUAACUGAUAGAAAAUCAAUAAUCAAUGGAUUGGUUAAUGAUAAUUUUAUGAUGAAAGAUGAUUUAAAUUUGCAAAGGGUUUUGAUUAAUAGUUUACGGAAGCAGUUGCAAUUUUUACUAUUCACAAGAAAUUCGAGAAAUAUGAAUAGUUCAACUUUGAAUUCAAGCAUGGACCCGGAAAGCUUAGAUCUCUUUGAUAUGCCAUCAAGAAAUAAUUCUGAAGAAAGGCUAAACCUCAAACUAUAG